AUGACAUCUGAACUGGAGAGCAGCCUAACAUCUAUGGACUGGUUACCACAGCUCACCAUGAGAGCAGCCAUCCAAAAAUCUGAUGCUACACAAAAUGCACAUGGAACAGGAAUUUCCAAGAAGAAUGCGCUCCUUGACCCAAAUACAACACUGGACCAGGAAGAAGUCCAACAGCACAAAGAUGGGAAACCUCCAUACAGUUAUGCCAGCCUCAUUACAUUUGCAAUUAAUAGCUCACCCAAAAAGAAAAUGACUCUAAGUGAGAUUUACCAGUGGAUUUGUGAUAACUUCCCAUAUUAUAGAGAGGCUGGCAGUGGUUGGAAGAAUUCCAUACGACAUAAUCUGUCACUGAACAAGUGUUUCCUUAAAGUGCCUCGAUCAAAGGAUGACCCGGGAAAGGGAUCCUACUGGGCAAUAGACACCAAUCCGAAGGAAGAUGCGCUGCCUACUCGGCCAAAGAAGAGAGCACGAUCUGUAGAACGGGCCUCAACUCCAUAUAGCAUAGAUUCAGAUUCUUUGGGAAUGGAGUGUAUUAUUUCGGGAAGUGCCUCUCCAACUCUGGCAAUCAACACUGUGACUAACAAAGUAACGUUGUACAACACCGAUCAGGAUGGUAGUGAUAGCCCACGCAGUAGCCUUAACAACAGUCUCUCAGACCAGAGUUUGGCAUCUGUUAAUUUGAACAGUGUUGGAAGUGUGCAUAGUUAUACACCGGUGACAAACCAUCCAGAACCAGUCUCUCAGUCAUUAACUCCUCAACAGCAGCCACAGUACAACCUUCCAGAACGAGACAAACAACUCCUUUUCUCAGAAUAUAAUUUUGAAGAUCUCAGUGCCUCAUUUCGGAGCCUUUAUAAGUCAGUUUUUGAGCAGUCACUUAGUCAACAAGGUUUGAUGACCAUCCCUUCCGACUCUUCCCAGCAGUCCCACACCUCGUGUUCGUAUCAGCACUCUCCUAGCAGCACAGUGAGCGCUCACCCACAUAGCAACCAAAGCAGCCUGUCCAACAAUCAUGGCGGUGGCCUCAGCACCACAGGCAGUAAUUCGGUUGCACAAGUCUCACUGCCCCACUCCCAGAUGCACACACAGCCGUCUCCACAUCCGUCCCAUCGACAGCAUGGUUUACCACAGCAUCCGCAGCGUCCCCAGCACCCAGCAUCACACCCGCAGCAACACAGCCAGCUCCAGCCCCCUCACCCCCAGCACCCCUCUCCACAUCAACACAUACAGCAUCAUCCGAAUCAUCAGCAUCAGACGUUAACACAUCAGGCACCCCCACCCCCACAACAGGUAUCCUGUAAUUCUGGUGUUUCAAAUGAUUGGUAUGCAACACUUGAUAUGCUAAAAGAAAGUUGUCGGAUUGCCAGCAGUGUUAAUUGGUCAGAUGUAGACCUUUCACAGUUCCAAGGUUUGAUGGAGAGUAUGAGACAGGCAGAUCUCAAGAACUGGUCUUUGGAUCAGGUUCAAUUUGCUGAUCUCUGUUCUUCUCUUAAUCAGUUCUUUACACAAACUGGCCUUAUCCACUCACAGAGUAAUGUUCAGCAAAAUGUCUGUCAUGGUGCCAUGCAUCCAACAAAACCUUCCCAACACAUUGGAACAGGAAAUUUGUACAUAGACUCCAGGCAAAAUCUCCCUCCUUCAGUGAUGCCGCCCCCUGGUUACCCUCACAUCCCACAGGCACUGAGCACUCCAGGAACGACAAUUGCAGGCCAUCACGGAGCCAUGAACCAGCAGCACAUGAUGCCUUCCCCAGCCUUCCAGAUGCGGCGCUCUCUGCCUCCAGAUGACAUCCAGGAUGACUUUGAUUGGGAUUCAAUUGUGUAGAGCUUGUUUCUGCAAGGCACCAGACUCCAGCGUCACCCUUCUGUGCAGUGAAGGGAAAGGUUGAAGAGAAUCCAGUUGAGAAAACAAAGUUGCUAAUCACUUUA